AUGAACAACGUCCUGCUCGCCACUCUAGUCUUCCUAGCCUCUCUCUUGGUCUCUACAACAUCUAGCGUCAUCGAUUUAAGUCCAGAGAUCGCUAUCAAGUCACAACGCGUACUCUAUGGUCUCCCACAGCUCUUCCGAGUCUCCGCGCUGCUGCCAGACACGAUCUACGACAUUAAAGUAUCGUAUCCGGCUACGCAACCGACACUCUUCAGACUGCAAGUAGAGCAGGUGGUUCUUUCGCCACCUGCGAGAAGCGAUGAAGCAUAUGAUAGCGAGACUUUUGUAUCAAACAACAAAGACACUGGUGAGCCUUUACGUCAAAGGAGGUUAAACACGGCCACACUUCGGCUACAUCCGACAGCUUUAAGAACACACGAAUCUGUGCGGUAUCGGCUAGAGUCGUAUGAUGAUACAACUGAAGUAACAUUCUCACUUUUGGCCGAAGUUGAAGGAAUUCAACGUCCUGGUUCCAAGUUAGAUAUGAGCGAAUGUGUAUUUGACAUCGUUGUGGAGGAAAUGUUGUUAGGAGCUUUCCCUAGACAUACAUUGGUGCUAAUUGGUUGGUUAAUGUUCUUGCUGUAUGUGAGUGGAAAGUGGGUGCUGCCGUAUUUAGAAAAGAAGAUUGCAUUAGAGUUCGAAAAAGAUCGAGUCGAAGUGAAAAAGUCAUAG